CAAAGUUCGUUUGACAGCGCACUUGCUAGCAAUCAUUUCGAUCAGAAAGCUUAGAAGAGUCCACACGGUUGUUUUAUAUUUGUACUUGAAAUCAUGGAUGGCGGUGGUGAUUCUAUGCCAACAACCGUUGCAGGGUCCGGUGUACCAAAUGAAGCUGCACUUCUUGCACUUAUGGAAAAAUCUGGAUAUCAGAUGUUACAAGAAAACGGUCAGAGAAAGUAUGGGGGACCGCCACCAAACUGGGAAGGCCCAGCUCCUCUAAGAGGAUGCGAGAUCUUCAUUGGGAAAAUUCCCAGGGACUGUUACGAGGAUGAACUUGUUCCCGUCUUUGAGAAGGUUGGGAAAAUAUAUGAGUUGAGGUUGAUGAUGGACUUUAGUGGUUCGAAUAGGGGCUACGCUUUCGUUAUGUACACAAACAAGGCUGAUGCCGUCAAAGCCGUCAAAGAAUUGAACAAUUAUGAAAUUAGAAAAGGGAGGCUUCUAGGAGUUUGCCUCAGUGUCGACAACUGCAGACUAUUUGUGGGAGGUAUCCCUAAAAAUAAGCAAAAGGAUGAAAUCCACACUGAAAUGGAUAAAGUGACGGAGGGAGUUGUGGACGUGAUUGUUUACCCCAGUGCACAAGAUAAAAGCAAAAACAGAGGCUUUGCUUUUGUCGAGUAUGAAAGCCAUAGGUCCGCGGCAAUGGCGCGGAGAAAGUUGAUCCCGGGUAGGAUCCAGUUGUGGGGGCACCAGAUAGCUGUUGACUGGGCAGAGCCCGAACAAGAGGUCGAUGAAGAAGUCAUGAAAAACGUGAAGAUCUUGUAUGUGAGGAACCUCAUGCUCACAACAACAGAAGAAACUUUAGAAGAGGUGUUCACCAAAGCUGCUGGAAAUGACGGCUGUGUUGAGAGGGUAAAAAAAAUUAGAGACUAUGCCUUUGUGCACUUUAGAGAAAGGCAAGACGCCAUAACUGCCAUGCACCAAUUGAAUGGUCAGCUAGUUGAUAAUGCACGUGUGGAGGUCUGUCUAGCUAAGCCAGUGGACAAGACAGACUAUGUGAGAUACACAAGAGGUGGUCAUGCUCCACAGUUCCAACAGGGAUAUGCUGGAGGAUUUGAAGCUGUUCCAUUCACUGGAGGUGCGCCCCAAUACUACGGUCAAUUCGGCAACAUGCCUGUUGGAAGGGGAUUCACACCAGCAGCCAGGGGAGGUAUGAGGCCUCCAAUGAUGAGAGGAAGGGGUAGGGGUGCUGCAGGUUCACGAGCUGCUGGGGGGAGAGGGGGUUAUACCCACCCAGGAUUUAGGGGAAAACAUCCCGCAGAGGAUCGGCUAUUUAACAUUAGACCUGGGAUGAAGCUAACCCCUACUGACCCCAUCACACUAAAACCACAGUCAAUGAAAUCUCCAGUCCAGACCCUUGAGGAGUUUUGCACCAAGAAUGGAAUGGGAUCUCCAGUUUACCAGCUCCACUCUGCUAUUGAUCGUGAAAGCAAUGGAGACGUCCAACUCUUCUUAUAUAAGGUUGCCAUCCCAGCUCUUGCCUCUACGUAUCCAAAUAGUGCCAUUCAGCCCCCUCAGCUAUGUAGAAGCGUUGAGGAGGCUAAGGUCUAUGCCGCAGAGUUCGCCCUCGGCCAACUUGGUGUACCAAUGGAAGCAGUGCCAUUCUUUAUGUAG